UAAACUGCCCAUUCUUCAACCUCCAUCUCUCUCGUCGACGUCGCCAAAGAUGAGCUCUCAGGCUUAUUACGAGCUCUAUCGCGGUAGCAGUCUCGGGCUUUCGCUCACAGAUACGCUCGAUGAUCUCAUCAACGAUGGCCGUAUCGAGCCUCAACUGGCUAUGAAGAUUCUUUCCAACUACGACCGUGUUGUGACAGAGGUCCUUGCGGAGAAAGUGCGGGCUAGACUGACCUUCAAGGGUCACUUGGAUACUUAUCGUUUCUGCGACGAAGUCUGGACCUUCCUGAUCAAAGACGUCACCUUCAAACUUGACAAUCAGCAGACCGUGCAGGCCGAAAAGGUCAAGAUCGUCAGCUGCAACAGCAAGCGUCCGGGCGAGGCCUAAAUAUAUUCGUGAAUCUUAUCGAGAUUGAAGAAGAUUGGUACAAAUCGCGACAAACUUCCUAUCAUUUAUUGUACUUUUUAUGACGACCACGUUACGGAAGGCGUUUGGGAAUUGGUGAUGCUACAUUAAAGAAUGCUUAAAUACUCACUUUUUUGGCGGGAUCAGAUACCUUACAAUAUGAAUACAAAAUUCUGGACAA